GCGAUGAGCCAAUGGCGAUCCGGUCGCCGACGGCCUUCGUGGUGGGGAACACGGCAGAAGGAACACAGCCGGGAGAGAGAACGGUCAUUGCCACCACCUCACCUCGGCUCUCUUCUCUUCCAGCAACGCACACACAGAGACAGUGCACAGAGAGGAGACCGGCGGCAUCGGCCGCUGCUGCUUCUUACUUUUCGAAUAAGCGCCAGCAGGAGCAGCCUGGAAUGCUAUCGGCAGUCUAGUAGUCGCUGCUGCCGCGAGGAGAGAGAGAGAGAGAGUGUGUGUGAGAGAGAGAGAGAGAGAGAGAGCGAUCUCUCCGCUGCCGAUUUUGAAUUUCCCGCUACACGAGGAGGAACCACGUGCUGCAGCGCGCGCCCGCCAGAUUCGGAGGAUUCAGUGUGCCACGUAGUUUUUUUAUUAUUCGCGAGGAGCAUCGGUAUCGAGGGAAGAUGGGAAGGACUGCGAAGCUCGACUAGUGAUCGGUAACGAGUGAGAGAGCGUCGAGGAACUCUUCUUCAGUACAGCUGCCCCCUUCCGGCGUGUGUCUCUUCUCCGUGGGAUCGUGUUGCGAGCCGAUCUCGAGAUGAGGCAGCAGCAGCAGCAGCAGCACAGGCACUUUUCGGCUCUCGUCCUGCUCGGAUGCCUCGGCAUCGCCGUCGCCAGCCCCGUAUUCGUGCCGCAGUUCCUCAACGAAGGAGUCGGGCGGAACAUCAGGCACCUACCAUGCGUCUCUCGGCGCACGGGGGAGACGGGCGUGUGCAUGUUCGCCUUCACCUGCGCCCGGGCGAACGGCACGCACCUGGGCACCUGCAUCGACCGCUUCUACUUCGGCAGCUGCUGCAAGAUCGACGAGGAGCCGGACGUCUUCCCCCAGGACAACACCAUCGACGUGGACCACCCGCUCAAGCCCUACGCCACGUCGUCGGCCAGCAGUACCGCCGCGUCUCUGGCCACUACCCUGGCCACAUCGCCCUCCACGCCGGCUCUCGAGAGCAACGACAUCCCCGGUAACGUGGACAGGCUGAAGCCCGCGAGCAGCAGCUUGAAGCCAGUCGAGACGACGACGCUCAAAGCCGCGGAGGUGUCCAAGGCGAAGCCGACGAAGAAGCCGCUCGUGGAGGCGACCACCCAGAGCAUCAGACUCUCGACCUUCCAGACGGUGCAGAACGCCUCCGAGCAGAGGUACACCACGCCGUCCAGCACGACGGUCAGUAGCACCCAGAGGAGGACCCAGAGACCGGCCGCUACCACGGCCAAGCCGUCCACCGCUGCUGCCGUCACCACGCCGAGGCCCAAACCCGCCAGCGCCUCCUCGACGAGGCCCAGCAGCAGCACCGCCGCGGCCACGACUCUGGGUACCAGGCCGCCGUCGACCACCGGCAGCAAGAGGCCGCUGACCAGCACCACGAGCCAGACCAAGAGACCCAGUUCCACGAGGCCCAGCAGCAGCACCACCACGACUCACCACCGCAACGCGACGAGCAGCAGCGCUGCGCCGACGACUCACAGGAGCCCCGCGACGACGGAACCUCCCAGAGCCGCCGUCACCGUCGCGACGACGCUGCAGACGACGCAGAAGACCGUCCCCGCCACCAGGUUCCCGCCCAGGAACGCCACGACCGCGGCGACCCCCACGAGCGCUCGACCCUCGAGCACAUCGUCCGCCAACGCGACCAAGGUGACGGAGGAGACGACCAAGCCCACGACCACCAGGAAGCCCACGACGAGCAAGAAGCCGACAAAGGUCACCACCAAGCGGCCGAACACCGGCAGCAAGAGGCCCUCCGCGACGCCCACCAGGAGGCCGCCGACCACCGUUCCAGCUCCUGCGUCCAGCUCAUCCAACGUCUCGUCCACGAUCCAGUCGGUGAGGACCACCACUGCGUCUCCCGUCGCCACCACCGUCCCCAGUACCACGACCACCAGGACCACCACGAAGAAGCCUGCGAGUCAGACGUCGGCGACGAAAAAACCAUCGUCCACCGCUACCCGACGACCGGCGACCACGACACCCGCUGCCGCCACGACGAUCCCGAGCACCAGGAGGCCCCCGACGACGAGCAAGAAGAACGUGACCAUCUCGUCGACCUACGCGAGCACUGCCACCAGGAGGCCGACCACCACGACGAAGCAGCCGCCACGACCCUCUUCCGUCCCAGUGAAGAAGCAGCCGGUCACCACCACCACCACCACCACCACCACGGCCAAGCCGACGACCGCGAAGAUCGCUGUGACGACGACCACCACCACCACCACCACGACGGCGAAGCCCGUGAAGCACACGGCGGCCACCGUCGCAGCUACCCCCAAACCAACGGCAGCCUCCACCACCGCCAGGACUACCGUCCCCCCGACCACCAGCACCACCAGCAGACCCAAGCCCGUCUCCACGACCAUCUCCAACGAGGUCGACGCCGAGUUCGAGCAGUCUACCGUCCCCGGCAUCGUCACCUGGACGUCCCUCGUCGACGAGACCGAGGGCCCCACCAAGACCCCCAGCGCCGCUCCGACAGAUGCGACGGAGACCGACUGGGCGCCGAUAACGACACCCGACGGCUGGAUCAUCAUCCAGUCGCCGACGACGGAGGAGCAGCCGUCUGAGCCGAAACCGGUCGGCCCUGCAGCGACCGAGCCACCCGCUAAGCCCCCGACGGAGAGCACGACGACGACGAGUACUAGUACAACAACGCCGAAGCCGACGUCGACGACGACUCCGAGGGUCACCACCCAGCCGACGACGUACGUCGACAUGCUCUCGACCCUGGCGACGGUGACGCUCGCCCCGGAGUUCACCGAGCCGCCUUACGUGCCGAUCAACAUGUCCAACUACAAGGAUGUGUGCGGGAGACGGCUGUUCCCCGAGUCGAGGAUCGUCGGCGGAGACGGCAGCACCUUCGGCAAGUGGCCUUGGCAGAUCUCGCUGAGGCAAUGGCGAACAUCGACGUACCUUCACAAGUGCGGCGCGGCUCUGCUCAACGAGAACUGGGCCAUCACCGCCGCUCACUGCGUCCAAAACGUACUGCCGAGCGACCUGCUGCUCCGAAUCGGCGAGCACGACCUGGGCAACGAGGAGGAGCCCUACGGCUUCCAGGAGCGUCGGGUCCAGAUCGUCGCCAGUCACCCGAGCUUCGACGCGCGCACCUUCGAGUUCGAUCUCGCGCUGAUGCGUUUCUACGAGCCGGUCCUGCCUUUCCAGCCUAACGUCCUGCCGAUCUGCAUACCCGACGACGACGAGGACUACGUCGGUCAAACGGCCUUCGUCACCGGCUGGGGCAGACUCUACGAAGAUGGACCGCUGCCGUCGGUACUGCAGGAGGUAGCCGUGCCGGUGAUAAAUAACUCGGUGUGCGAGGGCAUGUACAGAAACGCCGGCUACAUCGAGCACAUACCCCACAUUUUCAUCUGUGCCGGCUGGCGGAAAGGCGGCUUCGACUCCUGCGAGGGCGACAGCGGAGGACCGCUGGUGAUCCAGAGGAAGAAGGACAAGCGCUGGGUCCUGGCCGGCGUCAUCAGCUGGGGCAUCGGCUGCGCGGAGCCCAACCAGCCGGGCGUCUACACGCGGAUCUCCGAGUUCCGCGAGUGGAUCAACCAGAUCCUCCAGUUCUGAGCCGGCGCAUCCGAAUCGUCGAAUCGAACUCGAGUCGUGUGUCGCGGAAUCGCACACGCACCGGCCGAACGAUCGCGCCGAUCGAGCUGUAUGUAGCAAUUCACGCGCGUCUCGCCGAUCGUUCGUCGGUAUAUAUAGCAGUUUCAGGAUGUCGGGAGCUCUCGCACGCGGAGCCUCGAGUGUGUAUGCGUGUGUGUGUGUGUAUGUAAAUAGUUUCUCUCAGCGAUGAGCGUCGAUUUUCGUUUUAUACGAUGAUAUUAUAUUGUCAUUAUCAUUAUUAUGCUUUAUUUAAUAACGUUAGUGAAACUCGUAGGGAAAGUAGAAGAAGAGUCGGGCUGCAGCUGGACAGCUCGCCGGAACUCGAUCUGCCCUUUUGUACGACUAUUUAUUUAUAAGCUUGUCGACGAGAUGAGCGUUGUAUUUUUGAACGGCAAAACGAGCGGAAAUUGAUUAAAUUAUUGUUACGCGUCGCACGUGCGCGCGUUGACGGAUCAAGCUUCUUUUUCGUUUAAAAAUACGAUCGGCCACGGGAUUUAUGAUUGAUCGGCGUAGGAGAGAAAUAUGGAUCAAUAUUCAACGUUUCAAUUCAAUUUCUAUUCGCUCUAGUAGUCCGCUGCAUCGUGCGUAUUCGAUGAACUGACGAGACGGCUCUCGUCAGUUUGCCUUUUUAACCGAGUUAUUUAAACGAGAGAAUUAACGGUUAAAAAUAAAAUGAACCGAGGAAACAAAAAAAGAAAACGUUGUACAAAUAAUGUAUAAGGUACGAUCGAUCAGAGAAGACAAGACAUGCCGAGAUUUUGUAAUGUUUGUAAACUAAUAAUUUUAAUUGUAUACGCAGUAUUCGUAAAUUAAAGAACGUAACGUUACUUCAUCACGCACUUCCAUUGAAACCCUACUAACGAGGAAUCUUUUUCUUUUACAGAACUUAGUUUCAAUGUGUUUAUUGAAUUUCUGUAUAUAAAAAUUUUUUUAACUCCCCUAUGAGAUAAUUAUAUUGUAAUUCGCAGUAUUUUAUAUAGAUGGUUCAAUAAAAUAUUGUCCUAACUU